GAGGUCAAAAAGGAAAUAUUUAAAGCAGCCUGGUACUGUUCUAUCGACAGUGUUGAAAAGAUUGAUGGGUGGCAAGUUGUUAUGAUUACACAAACGGAUAAGAGCAAACAGUUGAAGAUAAAAUGCAAGGUUGAACUAAAGUUGCCUGAAAAAGAAGUUAAAUGUUCGUGCAAUCACUUCAUACGUACUGGCAUUUUGUGUCGUCAUAUUUUUGCUGUAUUGAAAAACAACCAUGUUGAAGAGAUUCCAGAGCAGUAUAUUCUAAGAAGAUGGAGAAGGGAUGCAAUUUCCAGCCAUUUUCUUGCCAUGAAACAUGUUGCCAUGGAAACAGAAGAUGACACCUUUAAACUUCUAACAGAGGCAUACAUCAAUAUUGAAUACUGCUUGGAUCAUUUCAAAAGAAGCAAGGAGAAAUUGUUGGAAUUUGUUGAAAAAACACGUACGUUGAAGCAGGCAGCAAUGGAGUUUGGCAGUUCAAACCAAACAUCACCUGAUAACGAUGAAGAAUAAAUUAUUCGGAUGCUUGGAAUACGCAGCAUUCCUGAUGAAAUAAAUAUCCAUCCACCUGCAUCUAUACGUACCAAAGGUAGUGGAACUAAGAAAAGAAUGGUUAGUGCUAUUGAGAAAGCCUUUGCAGCUGCAAAGAAAAAAACCAGAAUGUGCACAGGUUGCAAUCAAUAUGUUAACCAUAAUUGGAGGACUUGCAAAGUAAGACUUGCACGAGAGUCAA